CUUUGUCCCUCAAACUUGCGAAUGAUGGUGUCCAGGAAAGUAUUCUGAGGAGCAACGUGACCUCUUCUGACUGGCAUCCUUAUUCCAUGAGCAUUUCCCGUCCAAUGACAGACAGCAUUUACUGUCAAUGCAAGCUCCAGUCACAUGGAGCCAAGGUCCUUCACACGUCCCCCUAGCAGAUUACAAAGACCCCUGGAGAACAAUGGGCAGGUCCACAAUGAUCAGAGUGGUAAGAACCAGGCAAGACAAAGCAAUCCAAUGAGGGCCACAGAGGAGAUUAAAUGGCAAGGUAUUGCUUAUAUAGUCAAGAAGAUCCUCCAGUGGGAUCAAAGAGAGCAGACCAGACAAUGGAAACCUCGAUAUAACAUAAAGGAUGACAGCAGCCUCAUCCCGAUUGUUACCCUAUGCCCAUGGUCUUCACUUGGUUCAUUGGAGGCUGAGCUGUCUGUCAACCCAGACAGUAAUGGUAAGAGGGAUGGAAAGCUUGGGGCCUACAAAGGCUUUUGAGAUCUGUGUAUCUCCUGUUUCCCUGAGACACAUGCACCUGUCAUUACUGCCUUCACGCACCUGUAUUUAAAUCAUCCACCGUCUGCUCUGGCUCCCUCUCCUUUCCCACCGCUGCCUAUAAUGUGCAGCAAACAUAAACCAAGCCUCACUGAUACACGUGUGCAAAUGAGUCCACUCUUAACUCCUCGUGACCCGCAACACUGUGAAUUCAAGAAGCAAAAAAGUAGGGCUAUAACAAAGGUGGAGAUAGCCUCAGGUUUGGGUCAAAUCAAGAAAUAGGGGGUGCAAGGCUGAUGAAAAGAUUCCAGGUGUCAAUCACUCACAUCAAUGCCUCACACUUUCAUUCUCCAGGUAAGUUGUAGAGUAGGGAGCUCUGCACCUGCUGUUCAUGGAUACCGUGGGUACCCCGUCCACUGUAGGUCACACUGUGCUCGGAUUUGAUUUAGUACAGUGACCACGAGUAGAGUACUCACACUUCUGAUGUCACCGCGAGCUAUGAGCACACUAGGACAAUAUCAGUCUGUAACGAAGGAGCAAAGGUACCUUGUCUAAUUAACAGAGAAAACUCAUGGCUAUGUGAAUAAACAAAAAGCAGUCUGUGUGAUUCCUGUAAGAUGUUAUUAUCAGGGCAAUGCGUUACGUGUGACCCUGAUAAACAAUGCCCGCACAACACACAGAGCAACCACACAGCAGCAGGAUGAACUUAAAUCCAACAUCAGCAGGCCACCAGCAGUCUCCAAAGACAUGUCAUCUCACUCAGCCCACUCAGAGAGAAACAGCUACGCCUGGGCUACAGGUCAGUGCUGUGUCACCUAGAAUACAUGUUUUAUAUCCUUAAUGAUCCUUCAUAUCGUGUCCUUUAAUGAUCCUUCAUAUCGUGUCCUUUAAUGAUCCUUUAUAUCGUGUCCUUUAAUGACCCUUUAUAUCGUGUCCUUUAAUGAUACUCAGUAAUAAUGCUUGCCGGUAACAGGUCGUGAGUGAGCUUUCUUCCUUCUCUCCCUUUUGGUAAUAUCGGAAAGAAGAUCCGCCAGUGAACGAGGAAAAGCCCCACCUGUAGUAACAGAGCGUCUAUACCUGGCUUUGGGUGCCACAGCGCAUUUAUCCCAUGAUCCUCUGUGGUUGAAGGCGGGAAUCCAUGGGGGGUCUGGAUGAGAAGCAAGUCAGACCCUCAGAUUAAGGAGACAUGCCCCCAUCACCUGCUCCGUCAGGCUGACUGACAUGCAUAGAAUAUGCUGCUCUAUCAGGUUUCUCUUCUCUCCAAUGAGGAUGGCAAGUAUCCUGGCCGUCUACUCCACAAGGCAUCCCCUUAUUAGGAGACAAGGAAGGUAGAAGGAGAUGCUGCAGGAGACUGAUG